AUGGCUCCAGGCAUCAUUGAAGGAACUCCCCCAGACAGUUACUCUUCUACCUCUGGGAAACCCACCGUCUACCUCCUUGACAAUUUCCAUCCCCAAGUCCUUGACUAUGCCAAAGAGAACUUCGACGCCAUCACACUAGAUGACCCACGCCACAGCCAAUGGCGACAAGAAGCACGUUACCUCCUCGUGAGAUCUUCUCGUUUGACGGAACAGGAUAUCAAGUCAUGCCCCAAUUUGAUUGCCAUUGGCAAGCAGGGCGUUGGCGUCGAUAAGAUUGACACAAAUGCAUGCGCUGCUCGUGGCAUUAAAGUCUUUAAUACACCCGGAGUAAAUGCGCGAGCAGUCGCUGAGCUUGUUUUAACUCUUGCCACUGCUUCUGCCCGUCAAGUUGGCUCCAUCAUCGCCAAGCAGUCAUCUGGCAUUUCUGUCCCAAAGGAGAAGUGCUCUGGUUUGAUCCUUCAUGAAAAGACCAUUGGUAUCCUAGGAAUGGGCAAUAUCGGCAAGUGUGUCGCCAAGAUCUUCAGAGGUGCUUUUGAUGCAGAUGUCGUUGCAUACGAUCCUUUCCUACCUGCAGAUGCUUGGGCUGAAAUUCCCCACACACGCGCUACUUCGGUUGAGGAGGUCUUGGGGUCAUCGGAUGUCAUCACUGUGCAUAUGCCAUUGACGCCCGAGACGAGGAAUCUCAUUGACUAUGAUCAAAUGAAGAAGAUGAAGAAGACUGCCAUUGUUAUCAACACUGCACGAGGCGGUAUUGUUAACGAGGCUGAUCUCGAGAAGGCUUUGUCAGAAGGUCUUAUCUGGGGAGCAGGUCUCGAUUGCCAUGAGGAAGAGCCACCAAGUUACGAGAAGUAUAGUUCUCUCUGGGAGAGUGGAAAGGUUCUCAGCACGCCGCAUAUCGGAGCUGCUACGGCUGAGACACAGAUGCAAACAGGCAUGGCGGCGGCGAGAUAUCUUUUGGAAUUUGCAUUGAGUAAUGCGUAG